AUGUUAGAUGGUACUAGGAGGUGGCAUAAGGCUCAAGGAAAACCUCUAAAUUAUGAUCCCUUCUUUGAAGCUAACACUCUCUUUGCUGAUCUCUGUCUUAAAUGGGAUUCGGAGGUUGAAGACGGCGGUGAUGUUGUGAAUUACAAUGCACAUUUUGUGACAGACACGGUUUUUCUAACGUUUGAGGAUGCAGUUAUAUGGGCAGAUGCUGUUGCCAUAAAUCUGGGAUUUAUUUUGGUGAAAUCUUCUUUCAACAAACACAGAAAUGGUCGACCAUAUCGAUAUUUAAGAUGUGAUCGGGGACGCAGGAGUAAGCCGAGAGAUCUUGAGAACGCAAUUCGGAAGGACACCAAAACCAAGGCCAUUGGUUGUCCUUUCUACAUCAAGAUAUGUUACGAGUUCAUCACCAAUACUUGGAUUAUUCGGGCGAAAAAUGAUGCAAAUGGGACCCACAACCAUCCAAUGAUUGCGUAUCCAGAGGGUUAUCGUAAAAUUAGUGGGUUGAGCCCGAAUGCGAAGCAGGUUGUGCGUGACAUGACGAAGUCUAAGGUUGCACCACGUAACAUCAUGGUGACUAUUGCAGAGCAAUUUCCUGAUGAUCAUCCAAACAUCAGACACAUCUACAACUGCCGGAAUGACUUGAGAGCGGAGAUGUUUGAUGGGAGAGGAGUUGUUCAGCAAUUUCUACAUUUGGCGAGACAGAGUCAGUAUCUUUACUGGGUUAUGUCUGAUGAUGUAGGCGUUUUACAGCACGCCUUUAUGGCGCACCCAGUCAUGGUAGACAUCCUACGGACGUACCCAUAUGUGAUCGGUAUGGAUUCCACUUACAAGACUAACCGAUACGGGAUGCCGUUUCUUUGA